UAAAGUGUUGCCCUGUUCUGCCCCUCCGUGAUUUACCUUUGAUACGUGUGGUUAAAGGAGAUAAGGAUAAGGAACACAAUUCCGCGAGAUCUCCCGCUAGUCACGUCAGCUGCAACCUACAAAGGGAUGGAGAAACUGUCUGGUCUGCCGUUUUUCCAACUCCUCCCCGACUGAGAUCGGCACCUCAUGUAGACCAUCAAGUCAGCUAUCUAAAUCGACCUCGAACGCAUUCUCUUUUGCCAUGGCCAAGACCGAUGGAAGCUCCUAUUUCCGAAGAAGCCAUUUUUUUUGGAUAGCAACUGUAACUCUAUCUAUGGGCUACUACACAUGGACUGUGUUUUGGCCCGAGGCAGUCCCAUAUGACCGCUUGGGCCCGCUCGGUUCCUUGACUAAGUAUCUUGUGGAUAAUCAUUACCCUCUUGUGCACUAUGGUUGGUGGCUUGCCUGGGCUGUACACUUUGUUGAAGCACUUGUUGCCAUGAAAAUAUGCAGGUAAGAACAGCAGCUUUUGUUAAAUAGUUAUAUGCCAUCCUAUUUGCAGUGAAGAUCAUGAUUUUGGCAGCAAUUUCCCAUGUUAAUGUUAUGUGGGACUAGGAGCCAGCGUUGAUAUGCCGGGAAGGUUGUCCUGGCAAUUUACCCUCUUGUGAACUAGUAAUAUAUAUAUACGUGGGAAUGAAAGUCAGAAGAUUCCUAUACAUUUUUCUCAGAAUUGGUUAAUUGGAGACAUUUACAACG